AUAGCCUAUAGUCAGUCAGAUUCCAGUUGCAGCAAGCGAAAGAUCGUGUUUUCUGCACAGCAAAAGGAGUCAAACUGACAACUCUUGAAGAGUCUGGUUGGUGUUACUCUGAACAACUUUACCUCUCAGACGCACCUGCAGUUUUGAGCCACCUUGACCAUGGCGAAGAAGGUGCUGAAGGCAAUGAAGAAAAAGAAGGAUGACAGUGUGGCAGCCGCGGCCGCCACCGCGGCCACCUCGGCAGCGGCGAGUGCACCAGGCCCCAAAAAGAAGCUUAAGAAGCUCAAGAAGAAAAAGGCGACGCUACCGUCCACGACGGAGGACGACACGCGGAACGGGUCGUGCGAGAAGAAGACGACCAAAGCUACGAAGCAAGAGAACUCGAGCUGCGAUCUUUGUGAUGGCCUGGUGCCGGCUGAAGGAUCUUCUCGCUGCCGAGCCUGUGGGCGGACCAUUCAAGCGGAAGCGUGAA